AUGGUACUGCAUUCACAGGCUGGGAAUUCCGACCUUAACUGCCAAAUUUCUAAACAUUUCCCAAUGGCUGAGAACUACACAACAAAAAGCAAUGGCCAAAUGAGUGUUCAAGAUGCACAAGUGGUUGUGGUUAUGGUGCCACUUCCAGCACAAGGCCAUCUUAACCAGCUUCUCCACCUCUCGAGGCUCAUCACCUCAUAUAACAUCCCAGUGCACUACGUUGGCGCAACCACUCAUAUUCGCCAGGCUAAGUUUCGUGUCCAUGGUUUCGACCCUCUCACAGCUAAAAACCUACAUUUUCAUGAAUUCCCUACGCCACCUUUUGAAAACGCACCUCCAAAUCCAAAUGCUUCUCAUAAAUUUCCUAACCAUUUUAUGCCUCUACUUUACGCAACAAUCCAUCACCGAGAGCCAGUGUGCUCUCUUGUACGCCAACUCUUAGGCGCCAAUCAUAGGAGAGUGAUUGUUAUUUAUGAUUCUCUGAUGACUUGGGUAGUACAGGAUGUACCAACAAUUCCAAAUGCUGAGUGCUACCGUUUUAAUAGUAUCUCAGCUUUCUAUAUGCAUUCAUCCAACUGGGAAGCCAGAGGAAAACCUUUCGAGGCUGAAACUGAAAUAUUCGAGGACAUUCCAUCAAUUGAAGACUCACCUGAGGGAGAUGAGAUGAGGAAGAGAGCAGCAGAACUGAGCAUUGCUGUCAAACAAUCAGUCCUGGAUGGGGGAGGGAACAGUGUGGAGAUGGAUUCUUUUAUCGCACACAUUACUCGAUAACUUUCUCACUUGAAU